AUGGCCUUACCGGCAUCCUUGCGUACAUCUGUGUCUCCAGCAGAACUGGAGCUCAUAGCCUGCGAGCAGCUCGUCGAAAUUAUUCCCCUGGUCACGAUGGACCGAACCGUUUUCAUUUCUGGAUCAUACGGGCCACUCCGCCCGCCAUCGAAGUGCAAGAUACCCAUAUGGAUGGCCACAAACCUAAAACUCAAGAAGAAGUGCCAUAUCGUACCACCAGAUUGGCUGAACGUCGAUUUCUUGCAAGAUCGAUUAACGCGUGAAACUACGGAGCAGGCGUUCAGCGAGCUUCCGUUUCGCUUCGCCGAAGUAGCUAAGGUGCUGCUGGAUGUUGCUCCAGACGACUUCCCAAACACAGACAAAAUUCGUGCACUGCUACAAGACAUUCGCGAGGCGCGACAAGCCAAAAGUCGAGCAGGUCUCUCGAAGCUCGACCACAGCGAACUCAGCCUUCCAAAUUUAUGCUCUAUGGAAAUUAACGAGAUCCGUCCCUUCUUCGUCCGUGCCAUGGGUGUGCUCACGCAGCUGGUGCGAGAGCCCGAAGCGCGACAGAUGCACCAGGAGGAAUAA